AACAGCAGUAAGUACCGCACCGGUAAGAAGGGGAAUUGUUUUGGAGAAGAUCUACGGCACGUAUAAAAAGCAGCAUCCGACAAUUCACCAAACAGUUGUUCAGUACAGUGAAUUUCUGGUACUUUCUUCAACUAAUAGUGCAACCGAUUCAGAGAGAUAUGAAGCUCCUAUUCUUUAGUUUAAUGUUUGGAUUGGCGUUGCCUGUUCUAUCAGAAGAGUACAAUUACAAUGGAUACAAAAACAGUAAACUCGGAAAUCGAUACAUUCGUCAAGCAGAUGCUGAUGAGAUGGUACAGAACAUACUACAAUGGCUACAAAGCAUUUAUAAGCAUAACACCAGAAAAACCCGCCAGCAGAGUUUGGUACGUGGUUAUCUUCCUCCCUCUAGUAAUCCAGAAAGACCUCGUCCAUUUGAAAUGCCAACUACUCAAAAACCUUAUAAUCCAACAAUAUCAACUGGAGUAGUUUACAAUGGCGGAAAUAAUUUAGGAUUUGGACAACCUGGACCAUUUAGCUCCAGCGUUUCAACGGGUUAUCCAUAUCCAGGUUCAACACCCCAGCCUAGUUUUCCAAUAGGUUCAACGCCCUCAGCAGUGCCUACAUUUGAUACAAAACCUCCUUACCGGCCAUCAACUGGUUUUCCAAGUAUUCCACCAUCCGAUGCUUUAUCGACGCCUCAAGUGCCGUAUCAACCCGAAAGGCCCCAAACAUCACAACCAGCUUUACCUCCAUAUAAGCCGCAGCCUGGUUACACAGCAUCCCAACCUAGUUACACUUCUUCUCAACCAUCAUCACCAACAUACACUACUUUUAAACCAUCUCAACCAUCUCAGCCAGCUCAACCAUCACAGCCAUCUCAACCACCACAGCCAUCAUCUCCAACUUAUACGUCAGCCCAGCCUUCAUUCCCUACCUACACAUCCUCGCCUACUCCAUCGAUUAGUUCACCAGGAUACCAGCCUCCAGGUACUCGACCCUUCCCUACUUCCCCACCAUCCUCAUUAGAACCAUUUCCAACUUCACCCGCGCAACCUUCACAACCACUAGAUGACAACCAUCCACCUCAUAUCCACGCUCUCGAUGUAGAAUGCGCAAAAGAUAUGAUGACCAUCAAUGUCGAAUUCAAUAGACAAUAUGAUGGAAUUAUUUAUUCGAAGGGUUUCUUUAAUAAUCCUGAAUGCCGUUACGUUCAAGCAAAUUCCGGCCAAACCAAGUAUUCCUUUACAGUCAGUCUGAACUCAUGUGGUACUGAAUUUAUAAAUGGCUUUGAUACGCAAGGUCAGUCUUAUUUGGAAAACGUGUUAGUUCUGCAAAAUGAACCAGGUAUUCAAGAAGUAUGGGAUACAAUUCGUUCCGUGAGAUGUUUAUGGGAAGGUAAUAUUAACAAAGCGUUAAGCAUUCCGUUGAGCGUGGGCAUGCUGAACCAGGAAAUAGUUACAUUCAGCGGAGAUACCGCCAUGGCUAGCUUAGAAAUACAGCAAGGUCGUGGUCCGUUUGCCGGUCCUGCAAAUGGUCUUGUAAAAAUUGGAGAAAUAAUGACACUGGUAGUAUCAAUCACCGGCGAUCCAGGCUUUGACAUUCGCGUGCGGGACUGCAGAGCCAGAGAUUCUGAUUCUCAGAAUAUUAUCAUGCUCACCGAUACUAAUGGAUGUGUCUUAAAACCGAAACUUUUUGGAGCUUUCCAGAAAACUCGUCAAACUCAAAACACAGGCGCGUCAAUAAUUGCCUAUGCGUAUUUCAGUGCAUUCAAAUUUCCGGAUAUGAUGGAUUUGAUCAUGGAAUGCAAUGUUGAACUAUGCAAAACCGACUGUGAAAUGUGCCCAGUACCAGGACAGAAAACAGAACCUGGACGAAGACGUCGUGAUUUAUAUAGUAAUAUCAGUAAUCAAACAUUUGCAGAACCCAUUACAGUAGCGCGAGGACUGCGCGUCAUUCUUCCUCAAGAUUUGGGUUUGGAUGAGGAUAAAUUCGACAGCGUAUGUGUAUCAUUCAUUGGAUUUGCAGUAAUAUCGGGCUUAGCACUUAGCUUAUUAUCUAUUUUAUCAGUAAUUGCUUCUUAUUAUUGGAUUAAAUAUAGAAAUUUAAGAGGUAAACAUUAA